CAACAGACACAGAAUAACUGACAUUUGGUUCGCUAAAAGAUGACUUUUCGGCUGCUGCUGUCAUUUUUUCUUCUAACACACAACACAGGGUUCAGUGCUGAGAUCUCUGUGUUUGUGCAGACUGGAGAUUCUGUUCAACUGGAUAUACAGACACAACAACUACCAGAGUUUGAGCAUUUAUUCUGGAUAGAUGAAAAAUCAGAAUCUAUAGUUAAAUAUAAUUAUGACGAUAAAAAAUUUAAGUUUUACGAUUCCUACAAAGAAAGAGUGUAUUUCAAUGAUACAAGCUUCUCUCUGACAUUGAAGAACACACAGAAGAUAGACAGUGGACUCUACACAGCAAGAAUAAGUGGAAAAUUGAACAAAGAUAUUCUUACAUGCAAAGUUUCAGUUAUUGAUGAAGUGGAAGCUCCAGUCCUGGCUGUAAACUCAAACUGGUCCAGUUCUGAACUGUGCAGCUUUACAUGUAGUGGACGUGAUAUUAAUAUUAGCUCCAUCCAUAACAGUAGCAGCUGUCCUGAGGAGGAAGUGACAUCAGCUGAUUACCACACCAUUCGAAUGAACUGCAAUAACACCUUCAUCAUGUGUAACUACAGCAACCCAGUGAGCUGGAAAACUGAUAUUAAGAAGGUUCAUGAACUCUGCACUGUUUAUCCAGAAAAAAGAACAUCUGAAAAACCAACUGCGUUUCUCCUCUGGUUGAUUACUGUUAUUGUCCUAGUCACACUGGGAAUGUUGGUGACAACCGGUUUCUCUAUUUACAGGAGAAGUAAAGGCUAUUCUGUAGAUGCCCAGAUGAAUAUACCAACAAAAGUCUACGAGAACGUUGAUGAGAACAAGCCACAAAAGUCACCAGAGAUGUUGGAAAAAACUGAAAAACCUGUCACAGUUUAUCAUACUAUUGGAGAAAAACCUGACCUUGCCAUCAGAACCAACACCACACUUAACAACCCCACCGUUGAUCAGACUCCGACAUCAGUCAAAGAAAACAACAAGUCUGCUGGUCCAGUCACCAUUUACUGCACCAUUGAGAAGCAACCAGACCAGCCCAAACCUGAAACAGAAAACACCAUUUAUGCUGUAGUCAAAAAGCCAUUCCCUGGGUUUGAAUCUCCAAAACUAGACUAAAAGUGACCUUUUAAAAAUAUCUGAACCAUUACUGAUCAAAAUGACAUUAAUCCAAAUUAAGACAUUAAGUGUUAAAACUUAAAUUCAAUUAAGUGUUCAAUUCAUCUUUAUUUCUAUAGUGCUUUUUACAAUGUACUGUAGUUUGCACCAAAGCAGCUUAACAUAGAUGAGAAUAAGAGAAAAGAAUUAAAAGUUAUGACAAUAUUUUAGAUUGAAGGACAUUCCAGUAAAUCAGACAAGGAGCAGAGUAGUGGUAGAAUGCUGCUGGAGUUCUGGUUAAAUUACAACUGAUUCAGUUCAGUGCAAUACAAAUGAAAAUGAAAAUGAAGUGAAAAACUAAUAUUGGGACAAACCAUGCUCAGCUGAGGUGACCGGUUCUCCUUUGGUCAAAUGUAAAAGGGCAGAGCUGCAGUCUGGAUUUCAGUGGCUUGAGAACAACGGGAGACCAUCAUAAAGAAGGUGCAGGUCUGGAUGCGGUCCAGAUCCAAGAUUAUGUGAAUUUCAGGAUAAAGAUAAACAGACAGACUAACAUGAGUGUAGAUGGCAUUCAAAUUACGGUGUCAAAUUACAGUGUCCUGAUUGAUGCAGCUUUGCAUUCCUUUAGAGCCGCUACACCAAACAACAAGCACUGAUGAAAUCUCCUGUAGGGGGAAGAUCUACCCCCUACAGUCGAUUUUGAUAUUCCAGGAAUACACAAUUGUCCAGAAUUAAUUGAAUGGACGUGAGGGACUGUAAUACACCAAGAGCUCCCUCAAAUACUGGUGAGUCAAGUCAUUUAGAGCUUUGUAAGAAGUCAAUAAGAUUUUAAAAUUGAUAUAGUGUUUAAUAAGGAGCCAAUGCAAUGCUGACUGAACUGGACUAAUAUGAUCACAUUUCUUAGUUCCAGAAAACACUUUAGCAGCUGCAUUUGGAACCAGCUGAAGUUGCACAUUAAAUAAUAGUACAAGCCAUUAGUACAACCAGGGAUGGGCAAAAAAACAUUGAAAUGUAUUUUAAAAUGAAAUACCAAAUUCAUAAAUUUUAAAUGUUGUAACACCUCCUCUAUGUAUGCAAGAUGUUAAACUGAGGGAGUUCACAGAAUUUUUAUUUCACACAUACUGAAAUUUAAAAACUUCACAAGCCAGUUUUUUUUCUUCUUGUUUACUUUCUCUACAUGUAAAUAUAGCCCAUACAAACAAAAGCAUUCAAUAUACAGAACUAAGUAUUCAUUGAAAGUACACAGUCUGUUUAAAUGAAAUAGAUGGUGAGAUAAAUGUUGUAUAGAUUGUUUUUGAGUGCAAUGCAAUGAUAUCCACUUCCUCACUCUGGGAAAACGAUAGCACAAUGAGGAACUUAAGAGUCACUGACCUUCAUUCCAAGUCUAAGCAUAUAGUUCACUUGUCGAUGUUGAGUAUAAAGAUUGCUGAAACCCAAUCAACAAAGUCCAAUGAAAGUAUCAAUUACCACAUCUGAAACCCUCCAGGACAACAGGUCCUGUAUUUGAGCAGCAACAAUAAUGUUCUCAAAGAAAUAUCAGAAGCAGAAUGGGUCGGUAGCCUUAGUUAUAAUGUAGUUAUAAUGUAGACAAUGUUUAAAACCAUUAAACAUUAAUUUCAAAGAUUUCUACAAAAAAUAAAAUACUUUUAAAAAUGUUGGCAUUUAAGAGACAACAACAGCAAGUAGUAGGGACCUGAAGGGUCUCAGAGCAAAAUCUUUGUAUGUUUGUUUUAUGCCUGUACACUUACAAUUGUUUACAAAUUCUGUUUUAAAGGCUAUUCUGUAGAUGCCCAGAUGAAUAUACCAACAAAAGUCUACGAAAACGUUGAUGUAAGUUUCAUCCCACUGUUCUCAAUUACCCAGAGAUCAAUUUUAAAUGGAUUUCACCAGUCUAUCUAUUCUCUUUUAAAACAAGUAUUCAACAUAUUUGUAACCCUAGACCACAAAUAAGUAUCAAUCGUAAGCUUUUAAUUGUAUGUAUGGUUUGUAGUAAUAGAAGACUAUUUGGCUGAGAUACAACAUAAUAGUUAGCAACGGACAUUACUAUUCAGAAAUUAAGAUUAGAUAUCAGGGAUGUUAAAAUUAAUUGUUUCUUCAGAGCACCGCGAUGCAGACGCGGACAAUUCGCUAUCAGUUCAGUAAUAAUCGUAACUCGUUUUUAUGUACUGACGUCAUUUAUCUCAUAUGCGCUAUGUCGCCGUUGCUUACUAUGGCGAGGGAGGCGGGUGCGGGUAUUUAAAACGCUCAAACUAUUUAAAAACGCAGAAACUGUGCACAAUUUCACUGUGUGUUUUUGCUGGACAAUCUUUCACUGACACUUGCAGCAGAAGCCCCUAUUUCACUGCGAUUGAGAGAAUGAAAGUAAACUCCAUUUCUCUCUCUCACUGUGGCCCAUUUGACCUGCUGGCAUCACUUUUCCUCCCCUCUUACAGCGAUAAUUCUGGAUCCAGACACGAGCGUGUGUCGGCAGAGUUUUCUCCACCACGUCUAUCAUGGAUCAGCUGUGAUCGCCGCUGCAGUUUAUCAGUGUCAAUCAUCGGAUAGCAGCGCCCAAGCGUUAGAGCCAAUUGCAGCCCUUUCUGUUGAGCGUGUGACCAAUCAAAGGGGUGUAAGAAAGAACUCGCUAGACAAGGUUCAGAAAGCGAGCGGGAUAUUUAUAUUUAUUUGCUAUAAAUGUUUGUGUUGUUCUUUGCAUGUACUUGAGUUUAAGGUACAGUUCAUAUAUUUGACUGUAUUAAAGGAAAAAUGUAUUACAAAUAGUAUAUAAAUAUACAUUUUAAUUGUUGUGCUGUGAAAAAAUUAUCAAUUUGUAUAUUGACAGCAUCGUCAGUGCACUGAGAUAUUAAAUUGAACUGAAUCGAUGGCAUGAUAAUCUUGUUUACUUUCUCUACAUGUAAAUAUAGCCCAUACAAACAAAAGCAUUCAAUAUACAGAACUAAGUAUUCAUUGAAAGUACACAGUCUGUUUAAAUGAAAUAGAUGGUGAGAUAAAUGUUGUAUAGAUUGUUUUUGAGUGCAAUGCAAUGAUAUCCACUUCCUCACUCUGGGAAAACGAUAGCACAAUGAGGAACUUAAGAGUCACUGACCGUCAUUCCAAGUCUAAGCAUAUAGUUCACUUGUCGAUGUUGAGUAUAAAGAUUGCUGAAACCCAAUCAACAAAGUCCAAUGAAAGUAUCAAUUACCACAUCUGAAACCCUCCAGGACAACAGGUCCUGUAUUUGAGCAGCAACAAUAAUGUUCUCAAAGAAAUAUCAGAAGCAGAAUGGGUCGGUAGCCUUAGUUCACCAUGUGGUUCCCUCUACCAAACACAACUCACUUACUCUAUGGUGACCUGGACUAUAUCCGUAUAUCACUCCCCUCUAGUGCAGCCUAGUGGCCCGUAGUAAUAUUGCAACCACUGUUUCUGACAUCACAAAUAACUAAAAUAAUAAAAGAAUGUAAUGUUUGUUUAUUACAAUGUACCAAAAUAAACUACAAAAUAGCCACAAAAAGUAUCAAAAUAAAAUACUGUAUUUUUUAAUUUGAAAAAAACUACAAAAUACAAACCUUCCAUCA